UCUUAAGCGAAUCAGAUAUACUAGCUCAGGAUAUGUUUGCUGUGAAACACUGAUAGAAAAUCAAGGAUUAGUUUGUAAUCAUAAAAUAAGACAGAAGAGUGCACUACAAUGUAUUCAACUAACCUGGAGAAUGUUGUUAGUUGAGAAAGUGCAGUUGAAGCCUUCGUAUGUAUAGUACGUAGUUUUCUUCAUAAAGUCUAUUCUGGCAGUCAAAGCUUUGUCAGUAAUCAUGUGUACCAGUAGUAUAUUAUGCUUACUGUCGAAAUUGACAUUUUAAUAAAACUUAAUUUGCUUUAAACUGGAGUGGGUAGGUGCCCUUAGACUUCGGGGUGGGACAAAAAAAAAAAAAAAAAAAAAACCGUCACCUGUAGCACACACUUUUGAGCCAUGGAUGACUGCCACAAAGGGAGAAGUCACACUCCAAACAUUGCAGAGGAGAAGACAGUAGAAGGAAGAGGCAAAGAGAAAAGGAAGAGAAGAUGUAGUAGAAGCAGAUCUUCCUCCACAUCCUCUACCUCAUCUUCUAGCUCUUCUAGUGUGUCGUCUUCAUCCUCAAGCAAUACAAGCAGAUCAAGAAGCAGUGAGUCGCAUAGCAAGUCUAAAACAAAGAAAAGAAAAAAGGAAAAGCAUCACAAAAAGAAAGUAAAAAAAGAGAAGAAACACAAGAAAAAGAAGGAAAGGAAAGUCAAGCAUGUCAGUUCGGGGCCUGUUCAGAUUUCAAAGUUUUUGAACGACAAGAAGAGUGACAAAUACAGUAUGAUCACUGGAAAGAAGAUUAAAAUGAAGGUUAAGAAAUCAAAAAAGGACAAACAGAGGGAUAAAAAUCGUGCUGAACUGUUGGAUUUCCUGAACUCUACCUUGUGAGAAAUGGAACUAUGUUAAUGUUUUCCUGAAGUUUGUCCUCCUCUGAACUUUUCAGGAAACAUAGUCUUCCCAUCUGAACAAUAUUAAUCCACAGAAGAAUUUUUGUAUUUUCAGGCAUUGCAUAUAAAGGUAAAAAUGUAGGCUGCAGUUUGCUGGUCUUAUCAGUCCAUAUUUGUGUGUUAUAUGGAUGAAAUUAGGGUAAUGGAACGAAGGGUACAUGUUGACCUUCGAAGGUUCGGAACACAUUACCAAACGAGGUUCGACCCUUCAGCGGUAGGAAUUUGCAUAAUUUACUGGUGAAGUCACCAUAGCUACUAGUUUAUAUUUGAUUGAAAAUCCAAUUAAUUUACAGGUAAUCCAUAUAAAUAGAAUAUGUUUUUGAAAUUAAAAUGAUUUAUGUUGGCGUAUAUUUUGUAUGUUUCAUAGUCUACCAUAGCACUUCUCUUAAUAUUUUACUGAAGCAAUAUAACCGCUAUAGGUAUAAUAUACCCUGCUCUAAUGCACAGCAGCAGCACCAUAUAGAGUUACAUGUAAUGAUUUGGUUUAAUACAGCAACGUUGUUUAAGUAAUAUGCAUUAUACGAAUCAAAAGAUCGUAUUUUGCAAUGCGAGUGACAUUUAAUGUGGAUUUUUAGUAUUCACACAUUGUCAAAUGGUUUCUGUUAACAGAAAAAAAAACAAAAAAAUAAAACAUAGUGUGUGAAUGUCGACUGACGAACCUUCGAAUUCCUAGCUAGCAAACGAACUUUCAACCUUUGAACACAGCCCUAGAUGAAAUUAAGCUUGAAUAUUUUAAUUCUGGUAAUCUUUCAAAAGCCACUGGAUUCUCAGAAGACUGGGUUUAUUGAGUUGGCACACAGUAAUAAAAAACAACAAACAACAUGUUUUGUAAGGUGUAAUGUACAAACUAGAUUCCAAUCAGUUACUCAGCUAAAGGGGAUUUGUGAGUAGUAAGCCCCACUGACACAUUGUUGCCAUGACAACCCAUGUGACCUGACAGCUCCUGCAUCUGCCAAAUCUAUUGAUUAGAAUGCUCAACAGCUAGUAGCUGCCAUCUAUGUCAAGUAGAAGGACUAACAUAUUGCAUACCACCCUGCUACUGAGCAUUAGUGCACAUCAAAGCUAUGGACCUCAGAUUAUUGGUAACUCUCUGUAUAAUGAUAGAAACCAUCAAAGCAUGUGAACUGUAAAGCUAGUUUUCUAGUAUGCCAGUGACUAUACUACUGCUGAGAAUCAUAAAUAAUUUCUGCAACAGACUUCUUUCAACUAUAACUAAAGAAACUGUUGACCAAGGAUAUAAAAAAUAUUCCAUGCUGUAAAAAUCUGAGUUUUGUUGGUUUUCCUUAUCCACUUUGCUUCGUCCAAGAUGGUCUAAGAUUUAAGUCCAUUGCACACUAGCCCUAAGUGAUAUAUUGAGAUAGUAGAUUUGUUUAAAACAGCGAUUGUCUUGAUUGUACAGUUACAAUCACUCAUCACCAGCUUUUUUUUUACAUACAAUAUUUACGUAUGGUGGAUUGUUAAUGACAGACUAAUCUGAUGUGCAAUCGCCUUAAAAUCUUCUCUAUUGUUUAUCCAUAAAUUCCCAGUAGAGUAACAUUUGGGCUAAUGCAGUUUUACCCAGUCUUGUUACCUUGGUUUUAUUUUGACAUUGGCAUGGAACACUACAGCAUCUUAGACUAGUUCCCAUUCCACUUACUAUGUUGCACAUUCCGUAAGAGGUCAUGAUGGUUAGCUGAGUUUGGUUCCUUGUAUAGGUACCUGAUGGUUCCUAUACAAGACAACCUGCUGAAUAAAAGAAAUGAUAUUGAGAAGAGUGAAAAUGCAGUACAUUUAAAAUGUAAAUAAACAAAUAAAUAACAGUUCCAUAACAGAGACUUGCUCAGUUAAUGAGGCAGUAAUUAUGAAUGUUAUUUGAUAUUACCCAGUUAUUCUUUAUUACCAAGCUUAACCUUAAACAGAUCAUUUGUGUAUUUCUGUUAAUUGCCCAGUUAAUAAAGUGUUUUGCUAUUAAUUUCCUUUGUUGUAAAAGUGGAUGUAAGUUUUGUAUUAAAAGAAAUGGAAACUAUUAAAA